AUGUCAACCCGUUCGAUUCAAAAACCACGACGAACAGACCCCGGCAGCGUGACCCCAGAUAUUACUGUGCGGCAUGCUGCUGCUGCUGCUGCCUCAUGGGCCAUGCGCUCCAGCCAAAGCUCAUCUCAGGAGCCAAGAGCAUCCUAUGAUCGACUUGGUGGUCCAGCGAACAUUGCCGUUCCUCGAAGGCGUCCUGGCUCAAGCCUUCGAGCUACCGAUGAUAACACGUCAGUCCGUCAUGGAGACUCUUCAACUUUUUCAACGCCCUGUCAGCUCAAGAAGUUGGCUGGGGCAUCUGCUCAAAGUAAUCGUAUCGAUGACCCGGCAGCCCUUCCUCCAAUCACAGAGUUCAAUGGACUCGAUGGACGAAACAGCUCAGUUCCCUCCUCAUAUCGCCGAUUACACAAGGCCAAGUCCAUGUUCUCGGCCAGGCAACGAGCCUCUCAGACCCCAUAUGGGGUGCCUCCGCUUCCUUGCGGCGAUCCGUCCGACCCCGAGCGAAGUCCCGGUUUUCAGAUGCCAAGAACAAUGAGGCGCUCAAAGUCCUUUCUUCGGGGAAAUAGUCAAUCACAGCAGCCCGGUAUUAACUUUGGGGCUCAUGAGGCAGCUUUCCAGUUGGCUCGCAGUCAGUUUACCAAUGAACGUGAUGGCGCAGAGACUCAGCAUCGUCUGCCGUCUUUUUUGCUCAAGCGGAAGAAGCAGCACAAGCCAUUUCGAAAGUCAUUCCGUGCCACGAGUGAGGGCGCUGCUCCGGUUACUGAGCAGAACACUGAACUUUCCGAUCUCACAUCUCGAUCUAUCUCAAGUUCAAUCAAAAGCAGAUUGAAACGGGUGUUUGGAUUUUCCAAGACAGCGGAACAACAUGCGGCAUCGCAGAGCAGCGCGAAUUGCGAUGAUAACUUUGCGGUUGCUAGGAUUGAGCAAGACACUGCAAAAUGUCUCCCUCACGUAAACCCAAUGACUGAGUGUUGCACUACCGCCACUUCCUUCCGAAAAGUCUCCCAAUCUCCCAGCCGUGAUAGUCUCUGCACAUCAAAAUCGCGCGUCACUAGUUGGGCUGAUUCAACCAUGGCAAACACUGUUACAGCCCGGAAGCCUGGACACCGACAGUCACUUUCUUUGAUCAGAGAAGAUGGUGGAGGCUUGAAUCAGCAAACACCUCGGACGCCUGCAGUCGUUGAAUCUCAAAAUCGGAGGGAAACGAUUCUGAGAUCGAGCCCCCAACACAUUGGAAUUGUCGACAGUCAAGAUUUGUACUACGCACUGAUGCAGCAGAUGGGCCACAAUGCCCUUCCUGAUCCCAGUGAGGAGAUGGUCUUCGGCACUGUUCCAGAGCAUCGCGCGAUUCCGGAACGCUCGAACACGGCUUACUCGCAGCACAGCAGACGGACUAUUCGUCCUGUUUCAAGUAUGGAAUCUUCACCUUCACCUGGCUCAUUUACAACUGCGCGUUGUGGUGAUCAGUCAAGCCCAUAUAAGCCGUACACUCGUUCGGUCAAGUCCAUGCAACCUUCCCGGGGUAUAUCGGCUCAAGCAACAUACCAGAAUAUGCCUACUGGCUUCGACCAAAGAACGUCACGGUCAGCUUUUGUCGUAGACGGAGACUCAGACGAAGAUAACGGUAGUGUCAUCAUCGCCUGCUUUGAUGAAUCCCGACGCAACGUUAUUUCUCCAAGCAUCUAUUCCAGAACCACAGGUGGAAACACUCCGGUCAAAGCUGACAUUGCCGACAUACUAGACAUGGAUGUGCAUGACAGACCAGGGACAGCGACCAUCUUUGCUUCACAGCGGACAGCUUACAGUUCGCCCAGGCGUCCUGGCCGGGCCUCAUCUUCCAGACUCAAUGCGAACCCAAGUGCAGACUGGCAAAAAUGGAUGAGCUCCCAGAUUGACAGAAUUGAACAGGCAAGCCCCACGAGGGAGCAUAUCAGAGAAGAUGCACAGUUUCAGGAUGAUGAUGAGGACUUGACCAACAUCGCUCGACAUACUCUUAUCACCAGCCCCGCUUCUCCACUUGGCAUGUUCAAUACAUCAGGCAGCAAUGGACAUACUCAAUGCGGUACACUUAUUGAGAAGAGACUCCCGUCGCAAAGCAAUUUCUCACGCCCCUUCGGUCAAUUCUCCAGCAUUCAGCCCAUUCUACCACUGCAGGCAGCCAAGUUGGACGAUGCAGUGGAGAAGAACUUGGGCAGGUCUUCGAAGGAUCUUGUUGUUAAUUCAAAUGAAACUAUCUCCCCGCAGCUCAUCCCCAAUGCCCGAACUCAGGGCUUGUCGCCAAUUCGGCUGAGAUCCGGAAACAUGCAGCCACCAGAGUCUCCAACCCCCAAUCGAGUUGCAACAAAGCGAUCUUUUACCAAGGACCAGCAGCGACGGUACUCUGUCAGACGGGCACCAAUCUCCCAAGACGGUAGAGCUAGUCAAUUCCGCUCCAUGCGCUCUCAGCGCGACUACCGUGGGAACAACGAGAACCAGAAACAGCAAGAUGAGUAUGGUGACAUGAUGGAGAGCUAUCAUCAACUUCAGGACGUUCAUUCUACCAUCUCCAGUAAGCGCAUGGUUGACAUUUUCUUGGACAGUCGUCGACGGCAAAUGGGUGAUUCCACUGACAACAAAGCAGCCACCGAGGCUUUUCUUUGA